UAUUUAUAGAGAUGUGACGACAGUUGCCGCCAGAGAUCGAUUUCCAGUGCUGGACGCUUUUUUUUUUUUUUUUUUUUAAGGAACCUAGCAAAACACCGUGUUCCACAGUUUAGAACGAACGUUUUGCCACAUUGUAUCUUCUCAUCUGACGUCAUCAGUGGCAGUAUUACAUUGUGCUUCCCCUUCCUCUCCCUUAUAUCCCAGGACCGAAUGGUGUUUUGGUGAACUUCCUUGCUCUUUCAUGAUGAAAUUCUAAGGUAAAAAAUAAAAAAAAUCAAUCAUAAAAUAAUGGUAAUCUAGUAUCUCCAAACAAUUCUAGAUGUUAUGCAAUUAUACCUUAUAUAAAAAACUGAAGCACUUCCCAAAUGGUGCAGUGGUAGAUAACUGGGGGGGAAAACCACUGGUACUGAAAAGAAUAUCAAAAGACCCUGAACAUCUAGAGAAAUAUUCAGGGUUAUUCAUAAAAGUGAGAAGUGUCUUCAAUUCAAUGUAAUCUUGAAAUUUAUGGCCAAAAUGGAAAAAAAUUCACCAAGUCUGUUAUAUUCCAGUUUGGCUACUUUGACCUUAAAUGUGAAAUUCACUUUGAUUUCCCCCAAAAUUGUAUCUUUAGUCAACAGUCCUUAUUGUCUGUGGCAGCUUUAGUUGCCCAACGGUAGCUGUCACGAGAGAGAGUGUGUGUGUGUGUGUGUGUGUGUUUGUGUGUUUUUUUUUGUUUGUUUUUUUUAAAAUAUUUUACCAGGAUGGAUACAUUGAGAUUUCUCUCAUUUUCAAGUAUGUCCUGGGUCAACAAACCAUUGCAUUGAUACAAUAGUACAAAAAUACAAUAUACAAAUUAUACAGACACACAGAGAUAUAUAAAUUUAAUACACAACAGGAAAUAAAUAUAUUUAACCAUAACAGGUGCAUUCUUUAUUGAGGUAUAUUGCCAUAGAUCUCUUAAAAGAUGUUAGAUUAAAUGAAGAUUUGACUGUUUCCCUGAGGUUAUUCCAUAAUUGCAGUGCUCUGUAGUAAAAUGAGGAUCGAGCCACUUUAUUUUUUUUUAUUGCGGUAUGCUAAAUAUCAUGCUAGUACUGGAUCGGAGGUUACUAUAAUAACUAUAAAAUAGGUCUAUAAAAUAUACAACCAAUUGGUAAUAAAAAAUGUUUUAGCAGCACGGUAACAUUAAAACUAGAUAAAAUAUAUUUUUUUAAUUUUUGGAUUUGUAUGGCCACACUUCGAACUUUUGAAGCGGCACUUCGAAUUACCGAAUACCCUUUCCUGUGCUUCCAGGGAUCAAUGGUAAAUAACUCGGUUCAUUUCUUUUAAGAGCCUGAGCUUCUCCAAUAGAAUCUCACAACCUUCAACCAAUCACUGGAUGGAGUGAUAAAUAACUCUCCUAAAACUCAUACACAAACACUAGACAAGUUUUAGUGGUAGUAGAAGAUAAAACAUUGAUGUUUUAUUAGGCACAAAAUUUAUACAACACAAAAAGGAGGGACAAAUAAGUAAAAUAGUUCAGGGACGUGAUGAUAGAGUGCAAUGACAAAGUAGAAAAGAUGGGUCAUCCCCUAAGCUAACUACCAUGCAAAAGACAAACAGUCUAGUAACCAUGGGACAGGACAACACCUACCAUAAUGUCAGUAGGCAGUCCCAAUAUUGCUUCCCAGUUUUUAUAGUUGUAGCCAGUUAACAUUACCUGCGGGUCCCUGGUAUGGCUCUGGAAAGUUUACUAGUGUGUCCAGAAAUACCUGCAGGGAUUGGUCGGGUUACAUUUGUUUACAGCAUUAGGAUUUUCUGGUCAGCGUACCAUGAGAUGGAAGCUUGGAUUUGAAACACUAAAACAUUCCUGGAAAUAACCCUACUAGUAUUGCCAGUCCAAAUAACACACCAAUUUCUAAUAUAUAAUCUUCUAAUUUGAUAACUCUUUGUGGUUCACCACAGUCUGUGUUCAUCAGACCUAACCCUUAGGGUGCAGAAUGAAUUAACCUCUAGAAUUACAAUGUCUAGUUUAUGCUCCACAGUAUUUUAUGUUUGCACACAAAUACUCCUGCUGAUGUUUUAAUGAUAAAAGGAACACUCCUACCCCUAUAAUAACUUGAAUGGACACUCUGAACCCCUAACUAAGCACUUAAAGGACCACUGUAGGCACCCAGACCACUUCAGCUCAAUUAAGUGGUCUGGGUGCCAGGUCUAUCUAGGGUUAACCCUGCCUGCUGUUAACAUAGCAGUUUCAGAGAAAAUGCUAUGUUUACAUUAGGGUUAAUCCAGCCUCUAGUGGCUGUCUCAUUGACAGCCGCUAGAUGCACUUCCGCGAUUCUCACUGUGGACGCCAGCUUCCAUAGAAUGCUUUCCUAUGGACUGACUCAAUGCGUGCGUGGCUCUUGCCGCGCAUGCGCAUUCAGCCGAUGACGUCGGAAGGAGGAGGAGAGUCCCCAGCGCCGAGGGAGCCCGGCGCUGGAGAAAGGUAAGAUUUUAACCCCUUCCUCCCACUUCAGCCCGGCAGGAGGGGGGCCAUGAGGGUGGGGGGGGGGACGACCUAUUAACACUAUAGUGCCAGGAAAUCAAGUUUGUUUUCCUGGCACUAUAGUGGUCCUUUAAGCUUUCUGAAAUGGUUUGAGUGUGAAGAUUUAUUCUUUUACUCAAAAAGUGCAGCUCUCAUGGUGGAAAUAACUGGUGCCUGGUAAAUUGUCAAUGUGUUGACUACUUACAUUGAGGGUGCUGAAUUGGUCAUUGUACUUUGAGGUUUCAUAUUAUAUGGAGAAUUGUGUUCUUAAACAGAUAGUAAAAUAUGUUUAUGUUAAAGUGCUAUAUUGUAUGUGCCUCUGUUUCCUUGGUUUAUAUAAAUAUUUAUGCUUCAAUCCGAUUAAUUCUGUCUGGGAUAGAAAAAAAAACAUGGUUUGUAUUCCUAGAAAGAGUGUAUUGCCAGAAUGUUUAUAUUUUGUUCUUUUCUAAAGAAAUUAAAACCACUGCAUGAAAUGUUUUUUUUUGCUUCUUUUUAAGCUUUAUACAUUUCCAAUGAAAUCUUUUAGAGGCAAAAGAGUUGCAUGUGGUGAAAAGCAACUAUACAGGGACAGGCUAAAUAAGUUAACACAUAUCUCAGUAAUGGCUGUCUUUUAUCAUGUAAGAAACUUGACCGUUCACAGAUAUUAUUCUGUUGAUACAGGUAACCUUGCUGUGAUUUGCCUUGUGUUUUUGUGCCCACAUUAUGGAACCUGCUAUUUCCUCAUUGGGUCUGCUCUCUGGCUAUAACUCCUCUGGGUCAGAUGAGGACAAUUCCACAGACAAACCAUCUAGGUAAGAACUUUGAAGACCUUCAUAAUGUAACAUGUCCAAGCAUUAUUCUCUCCUCAUACCCUCCUUUAUUUUUUUUCUUUCUUCUCUUAGCCAUUCUUCAACUGCAGUGAAUUUCUUUUCCAGCAAUGCUUCUAGUAGUGAUGAGGAGAGUGAAGUCCAAAAUAAAAAAGAAAUACCUCAAAAUUCUGUAACAGUGAAUUCACCAUUGCCCACUGUCCGUCUCCCAGCUCCUCUCCUGGGAAGGCAGGUCGUUGCGGGUCCUGGAGGAGUCUUCUCAAGCACAUUCCGUGAGGAACAGGAAGCCCAGUUGAACGUGUUGGAGCAACACGUAAAGUUGAGUGACAGUAACUGGAUGAAACGAGGAAGAGGAGUCUGUUUGGCUUACCAGAAAGAUGGGAGGUGCCGUUAUGGAACAAAGUGCAGAUACAGCCAUGACUCUGACUUGAUGCAGCCAGGCACACAACUGGUGAAUAAGGGGAGUGAGCACAAUCUUUUGAGAGAAGAUGGAGGAUGGAUGCAUAGAGAAGAAAAUGUGGAAGGCAAUGAGGGAAAGGAAUCCGAACUAGACAGAGAUGAAAAGCAAAGUCAGAGGGGGAAAAGGAAAAAGCCAGGACUCAGUAAUACACUGAUUCCUCCCAAAAAAUCUAUGCAAAACUACAAGGAACAGUUGGCUGCUGAGAGACCAUGGGACUUGUAAAAGCCUACAGUCUCAAGAUACAGAUCAUCUGGUUUGAUUUUUGUUGAAAGUGUAAGAAUGGAAACAGUUAAUUAUUUAGUAACUAUUCUCAUAUGCCCCCAAAUUCGAUCAGCAAAAUGAGAAAGGUUCACAUAGUUUUAUAAUGCUAAAUGGGAGAGUGCUCAGGCUGUUGUUAAGUCAUAUUUAUUGUAAUUGAUUUCUGCAUUAAUGGAUCAUUAGCUUAUAAGUAGAACUGCAUACUUCUGGGAAGUCAAUGUACUACACAACUGAUUUACUAAAGAGCAAUAUGUUUUGCUACCACUUCUCAUGUAUAUACCCUCCGAGUUUCUUUUAACACAGUUGAUUAACCGAAUACAAAACUGCAAUGUUAAUGAAAAUAUCUUUCUUUUUGACACCCAUGAGACCUUGUUCAUAAUUUCUAAUUGAUGGUUUUAAUCCAAUGGCAUGCAGGGUUAAUUAGUAAAGUAUGCCAGUGUGAUUAUGUAAAUAUCUGAAAAGGAGCAAUUUAGUAAAUCUGGUGGCCCUGGUGCAAGAAUCUUUUGGAGCCCCAUCUAGCACUAGCAUGGCCUAAGAUGGUAGAUCUUCAUCUGUCGUACAACUCCCAAUGCUUUUCCAGCUGGUGAUUUACCGUAUGCCGAACCUUGCAGAGCUUUAUUUGUGAACAGUGUUUAUUUUUUAAUGUAAGCAUGUUUUGUGUGUUUGAAUGUAGUUUGUACUGUUGGCAUUUGAAUGUAGAUUUAGUUUGUCUGUUCUCUUGCUAUUUUAAAGCAGUGGUGUACUUGUGUUUAGUAUUUGUAGGUAGAGUUGGCGUUUUCUGGGAUAUACGCACAUACAGACACACACACACACACACACACACACACAGAGAUAAUAGAUAACAUACUGACAAAGAUCACAAUUUACAUAUUUUUACCGACUCCCCUUCUUCCAUACUUUUUGGUGCAGGAGGGUGGUUUCCAGGGGCUCCAGUUAAAUCUGGUUGAGUCUGAUGGGCGUUUUGUCCAGGCUUUCCUUCUCUUAGCUGAACUCCCCUCUCUCCCUGUCACGUGCGGCUGUAUGCUAUACUGUAACUCCUAAAGUGAAUAUGUUGGGUGUUGUAAGUUAUGCAAGUCACCUGGGGUUGAUCACUGCCUUUUUCAUUAUUAUUUAUAAAGUGCCAACAAAUUCUGCCACGCUGUACAAUAGUGCACUGGUACACACAGCGGUAACGUGGUAUCUACUAUUCCCAAUUAAUACUUCCAUAUAUGCUUCUGCUUCGGACCCUCAUUUAUCCAUAGGGCACCCAUGUGAGGAACAGCACAAGACACCAAUGAAGUCUGGAGCCUAUUUCCUAGUUUCUCAACCUGUAGUGCACGUACCCUAGGGGGUAUGCGCACCACAGACCAGGGGGUUAUCCAAGAGCAGGCUGGCUGUCCAUCUUAGUAUCCCUCUGGAGGUGGCCGACUGGGGAUCUUCCAGCACUGGUCACUUGCUUGCCCUGUGGUGAUACCGGGUGGCAUCACUAAAUGGUGUGCGAGGCAGUAGUGCUGCAAGAGCACAAAAAUUACACAAGCCCCACACUUCUCCAUGGAAACGAACCCCACUGGAUCCCAGGGAAAGGAUCCACUCCAGCUCUCCAAGAGGUAAAGAAGCUGGGUGGACUUAUAGAAAACAAAUUGUGUGUGUGAGAGAAUGUAUGUGUCAAGAGUGCAUGUGUCUGUCCGUGAGUGUCAAGUCAGUAACCAUGUGUACCAGUGCCCUCUAUUUGCAAAUGUGUGUGUGUCAGCAUCCUCUGUGUGUAACUAUAUGUGUAGCAGUUUCCUUUGUGUGUGUCGUGGAGCUUCAAUAUUCGACCAGGGUAUCUCUGCCAAAAGCAUCAGUCGAAACUUGGUGAAAGGUGAAUAGGAAUGCCUUUAUUGGUCACAGUACUUACAUUUAUAUGCAGGAGACUAACUAAAACAAUACAGGCCCCGCCCAGGUGCCUUUGUGUCAGGGAGGUAACUAGAUUGAGAACCUCUAAUCUGAUUAAUCUCCAGACAUCAUGGGGACCUUAACAUAAUACCUCACAUAUUUGGUAUUUCCAGAUAGCUCAACCCAUCAGCUAUAUACAGUUCAAAAAGAACCGUGAUUCUCUGCAAUAAUGUAGGAUUGCCACCCAGUAAAAGGAUGGAACAUCCGCAGGUAAGUUCCCGAACUAAUGACUAGUUUCAUGUGGCCGGCCUGAGUUGGCAGGCUGCUCCAGAGGACCAAAUCUGCAUUAAUAGGUUACCAGGUGGUUGAAUUUCAGAGCGCUUGGUCUGGUGGUGUCUGCUAGGGGAAGGAAAGUGAUUAGAAGUUUUUUUCUGCUUAGUUAGGUUAGUCUCCUAACCGUGUGUAAAUGUGUGUGCCAGUUUCCUCUGUGGUCUGUCAGUGAAUGUGUGUACUAUAUCAGGGAGACUGUGCCUGUGUGUGUGUUUGUGACCAUUGUGUGUAUCUUAAUUUUGUGGCUUUUGUACUUCACAUUAAUAGUUCAUACACUCCUCUUUACAUACACAAUAUUCACAUCAUGUCAUAUUUAUUUUAAAAAUAAUAUAUUCUAUUUACUACCUUUUAAUCAGGCUUGUUCUCCAAUAUGGGAUUAACUUAAAUAUCCGGGUCUACGUGUUUCUUUUGGAAUUUAAACAAUAUAAAUUACUUUCUUGAGGUAGUGGUAAACACUGGUCUAUUUAAAACAAACAUUCUCAGGGACUUAAAUAAAAUCCAUUGAUUGUGCUAGGGAUUGACUGCCUUUAUUUUAGCACUUGGCAUCCAUUAAUAUUUAGAAAUGCUUUUGACAGUAUUCUUACAUAAAAGAUGAAGGUGCAUUGAUUUCAACAAUUUUAAUAAAUGCUAACCUUAAUAUUGUUAUGUCGUUUAAUUUAGCAACAUAUUCUGCAGUUCUGGUAAACAAAACAUAAAAGCAGUUGAUGAAGACAAAACUCAGGUAUACAGACUCAAUUCGUGGGCUCACUAUGUAAAGGAUGUGGGUAUAUUUGCACAAAAAAGUGCAGUGUGUCUAGGUGGGAAGAUAAGCAGUAAACAUUUUGAAUGAUAUUUGACUAUUUUAUUCAUUAUUAUUACGAAACUAAUGCAGCGAUAACGCUGAAGUUCAACCAAGAACAUGACCGCCC